UUGCGAGCUGAAUUAUGUUUAACGUUACAGAGUAGUUGUUGGGUGCAUCGACUGACUGACGCUGUUUCAGUUGCGCAACCCGUCCCCCGUCAAACAUGCACUGGCAUGACAUCGAACGGUGAUGGACUGACUCAACUUGGUGCGCUCCAAUGUUGCUGCUAGGCUGCACCCAUCACUCAUCACUGCCGCGAUUUCCCAAGAUCAUGGAACCCGGUUCGUUAGCCUUGACCGCCUUCUUUAGACAUCCGCGCCUCGCCAGUGGGGUGCGUCUGGGCCCCGUCACUGCACGGACUGGCUCUCCGAUACGCUGGAACGCCCAACGCACUUUUCCCGAGAUUCCUUUUCCUUCAACCGGCCGCAGUGCGAAGUACGUAUCGAGCUUCUCUGCUGACUCGCACGGCAGCCUGUCUGUUGGGAUUUGGGACGGCUUCUGAACGUUGAAGCGGCCGUGUCCGGUGACGUGACUUCCAACUGUGCCUCCUGAAGACAGGUUCCUGUGGCUGGUGUCGAUUCAUGGCGUUGUGUUCACUUUUUUUCCACCUCUUGUGCCCUCGUCAGUUUAUGAAUUCAUUGUGGUAAAGUUAGGUACGGGACGAGAUCCUAUCUCUCUGAUGGCCUUGGCCCUUCGUUUGACAUUCCUUUCUCCGGUUAUCGACACUGGCGAGAUCCACUCGCACAGGCUUAGACUCUUUGAAGGUUCACUUUGGCCGACAGUCUUGA